GGCUGCACAGGAUGGCGUCCGACCAGUGCAAGAACAGUACCCACCAGGAGGUGCUGGAGGCGAUUGCUGCUGCGUCCCACUUGGAUCCAAACUCCUCGAAGGUAUUGAUAUCCUUGGUCUGUGCCGUGCAGAAUCGCUCAGAAGAUGCCGUCACCGGCACGGAUGCCAUGUUCUUGCUGUUUUCAGCAUACCUUGUUUUCCUGAUGCAAGCCGGAUUCGCCGUGCUCUGUGCCGGUUCAGUGAAUCGCACGCACGCGUUGACCAUCAUGCUUUACAACGUCAUGGACGCUGCCGUCGGGGCCAUUGCUUAUUACCUCUUUGGGUACGCGUUUGCGUACGGAGGCCCACCCCAUAACGGCUUCAUUGGCACACGUAAUUUCGCCAUGCAUAAUUUCCACCACCCUACACUGGAGAAUGGCAACCCUGUGAACCCAACGAGCCGUUGGUUGCACCAAUGGGCAUUCGCUGGGGUCGCAGCAGGGAUCACCAGUGGUUCAAUCGCCGAGAGAACGCAGGUCACAGGUUAUCUCGUCUACGUCAGUUUCCUGACUGGAUUCGUAUACCCUGUUGUUUCGCACUGGGUGUGGGCGCCAAGCGGCUGGAUCAGCCCAUUCAAGAUCAACCCUUUUCUGGGUGUGGGUAUGGUGGACUUCGCAGGCAGCAGUGUCGUUCACUUGACGGGGGGGAUUGCCGGGUUUUGGGGUUCGUGGAUAGAGGGUGAACGCCUCGCCGUGAAAGAGAAGCGGGAACGCAAACAGGGAAAGGGAUUAUCUCUGCCGGAGCCGGAGGAGCAAAAAAAUGACACCUUGUUAGUUCUUGGGACUUGCUUGCUGUGGUUUUCGUGGUAUGGAUUCAAUCCUGGCUCCCUGACCUCUAUUGUUCCCGUCGCGAACAUUGCGAAGGAUGUCGUCGUUGCGAGGACCGCCGUCACCACCACUCUAAGUGCUGCCACCUCCGCAUUUACCACACUCCUUGCCAGGAGGGCGAUCACCGGGUACUGGAAUGUGCCGGACGUGUGUAAUGGUCUCCUUGGAGGACUUGCAGCCGUAACUGCAGGGUGCGCGGUAAUUGAGCCGUGGGCUGCUAUCCUCAUAGGCAUGCUCGCUGCAUGGGUGUUGAUCGGCAUGAAUGCAUUAGCGAAGCAGCUCUUAUACGACGAUCCACUGGAGGCAUUCCAGUUGCAUGCAGGAUGCGGUUUGCUUGGAGUCACGGCCGCUGGACUGCUUGCUAAGAAGGACUAUCUCAUGCAAGUGUACCCUCGUUGGCAGGGAGAGUACUCCGGACUGUUCUAUGGAGGAGGUGGAAGGCUGCUUGCGGCUCAGCUCAUCGGUGCCCUCUGCAUUACACUUUGGACGUCACUCACAAUGGGGGUGGUAUUUUGGGCCCUCGAGCUAUUUGAAUUACUGCGUAUCAGCCCGGACGAGGAACGCGGAGGGUACGAUAGCGCGAUGCGCGGCAAGCCAGAUAAUCCGUCGACGGUUGCACCAGAUGCAGUGAUAGCUGCCUAGUAAGAUCCUGACAAGUAGACCACAGCCCAACCACACCCACAAGUGUAAAACACUUUAGAUAGGGACAAGAUACAUGCAGACAUUGCAGAGUGAUGAAAGAAGCGUGCGUGCUGCAUCUGACGCCGCUGUGUCUGACACCGCUGCGAGUAACCUUAACAAAUAACUGGUCAUGCAAGAGCGACCAGUUGAUACGCUUGUUAGGAGUGACGGAGCCGCUGACAGUGUGGCGGGGUCGCAUUCGUCCGAUGGGCAAGUCUCAGUACAAUCUACCGUACUAGUACGUGCCACGUGGUAUUGCACUCCUAGCAUUGCAAUAUAUACUAAACAUAACUUACGAACAUAUGCGAGCGGCAAUUUGAUGACGUCGAGCCUCAGUACUCGUUCACAGUCUGACGUCAAAUGGGCCCGCAUAAGGCAAGACCACUGAAAGGUUAAGCACAAUGUCAUAAGCAUGAUAGUCAGAGCACCAGACUAGUACGCUUCUGAAAUUAUCAGAUGUCUAGAAUGAAUUAGUCCAGCGGAG